CGAGGCGGGCGGCGAGCCGGGCCCGGGGUGGGGGCGGUGGCCACGCUCCGGCCGGGCUCACUGCUGCCCUCGGCGCCGCAGCCAUGGGCAAGAAGCACAAGAAGCACAAGACCGAGUGGCGCUCGUCGUACGAGGACUAUGCAGACAAGCCCUUGGAGAAGCCCCUGAAGCUGGUCCUCAAGGUUGGAGGAAGCGAAGUGACGGAGCUCUCGGGGUCCGGCCACGACUCCAGUUACUACGAUGACAGGUCAGAUCAUGAGCGAGAGAGGCACAAGGAGGAGGAGGAGGAGGAGGAGGAGGAGGAGGAGGAGGAGAAGCACCUAGACGAUGAGGAAAGGAGGAAGCGAAAGGAAGAGAAGAAGCGGAAACGGGAAAAGGAACACUGCGAUACAGAGGGAGAGGUGGACGCCUUUGAUCCCGGGAAGAAGGUGGAGGUGGAGCCGCCCCCUGACCGGCCCGUCCGAGCAUGCCGGACACGGCCAGCUGAAAAUGAGAGCACGCCUAUUCAGCAGCUACUAGAGGACUUCCUCCGCCAGCUGCAGAGAAAAGAUCCUCAUGGAUUUUUCGCUUUUCCUGUCACGGAUGCAAUUGCUCCUGGCUAUUCGAUGAUAAUAAAGCAUCCUAUGGAUUCUGGCACGAUGAAAGACAAAAUCGUAGCUAAUGAGUACAAGUCAGUCACGGAGUUUAAGGCAGAUUUCAAACUGACGUGUGAUAACGCAAUGACGUACAACAGACCAGACACUGUGUACUACAAGUUAGCCAAGAAGAUCCUCCACACGGGCUUUAAAAUGAUGAGCAAACAGGCAGCUCUUUUGGGCAACGAAGAUACAGCUGUCGAGGAGCCUGCUCCCAAAGUUGUGCUCGUACAAGUAGAAACUGCCAAGAAAUCUAAAAGGCCGAGUAGAGAAGCCAUCAGCUGCAUGUUUGAGCCUGAAGGAAACGCCUGCAGCCUGAGCGACAGCACCGCGGAGGAGCACGUGCUGGCCUUGGUGGAGCACGCGGCCGACGAGGCCCGGGACAGGAUCCGCCAGCUCGUCCCCGGCGGCAAGAUGGGCUACCUGAAGAAGAACGGGGACGGGAGCCUGCUCUACAGCGUGGUCAACACGGCCGAGCCCGACGCUGACGAGGAGGAGACCCACCCGGUGGACCUGAGCUCGCUGUCCAGCAAGCUGCUGCCCGGCUUCACCACACUGGGCUUCAGGGAGGAGCGGAGGAGCAGAGUCACCUUCCUCUCCGGAGCCAGCACCGCUCUUUCCACGCACAACAACUCAGUGUUCGGCGACUUGAAGUCCAACGAGGCGGAGCUGCUGUACUCGGCCUACGGAGACGAGACGGGCGUGCAGUGCGCGCUGAGCCUGCAGGAGUUCGUGAAGGAUGCCGGGAGCUACAGCAAAAAGCUGGUGGGCGACCUCCUGGACCAGAUCACAGGCGGGGACCACUCGCGGAUGCUCUUCCAGCUGAGGCAGAGGAGAAGCGUCCCAGCAAAGCCUCUGGAUGAAGUGAAGGCUGGGGACCCUCUCGGGGAUGGUGGCUCCACCCUGGACUUCAUGGCCAUGAAGUCCUACUCGGACGUGUCUCUUGACAUCUCCGUGCUCGGCUGUCUGGGGAAAGUGAAGAAGGAGCUGGACCACGACGACGGCCACCUGAACCUGGACGAGACCACAAAGCUGCUUCAGGACCUGCAGGAGGCACAGGCGGAGCGCGGGGGCUCCCGGCCGUUCUCCAACCUCAGCUCCCUGUCCAAUGCCUCCGACAGGGACCAGCACCACCUGGGAAGCCCGUCUCGCCUCAGUGUCGGAGAGCAGCCAGAGGUGACCCACGACCCGUAUGAGUUCCUUCAGUCUCCAGAGCCUGCAGCCUCCACGAAUAACUAGCCUUGUGGAUAGUCCUCAGU